AUGAUGAAUGGCUGCCAUAAGCGACAGUUUAUAGACAACAUUCGAUGUCUGCCAUGGUUCAUACGAAAGAGUAUCUUCAAGUAUGCUGGACUGCGCACUCAGUAUCUAAUGCAUGAGCUGACCCUUCCCAUCACACAAAUUACUUGGCAGUUGGUCAUGGUGGACUGUCUAGAGUCGAACGACACUGCUACUGCCGUCAGACUGCUAGGGUCUUAUCAAGAUUAUGAGCCACAGUGGGAGCUGCUGUUUACUCAGACUGGAGAAAUGCUGAAUGCAUUCAAGAAGAGUCUGAAGCCAACUAGUCGUUUGAGUAAAGCUUUGGGCUUGCCAGAUUUGAUGAUUCAAGCCAGACCCAGUCUGCAUCUACUGCUUGAAGAGAGUGACAGGAACGAGAAAUUGAUCAAUACAAUCCUGAAUAAGCUUUUAGCUUAUAUUACCCAGCAUACCAUGACAAGCGGACUGCAUAACUACUAUUGUCGGGCAGUUGUAGAAUGUGCCAGUGCGAUAGGUCGGCUAGACAUUAUUCAACACUAUUCAGAUGGUAUUACUGACUACAGUUUCGUUGGCAGGCUGGCAGCGCUGCAUGGACACGAGCCAAUUGUAAAAAGCUUAUUGGCCAUGGGUAGAGACCAUCCAUCUGGCAAUCGCAACCAACGGCUAUCUGGAACAGAUUGCGAGUAUGCUCCACCACUCGAGGCAAGAAGUUUUGUAGAUAUUCGCUGCUAUGAGGAUAUUUUCAAGGCAGCAGUUGAAGGCGGACACGUUGCCAUGGUUGAUGCCAUGAUGAGGGCUCAUCCACCAUUGCUACAGAAAGUGACUGAACGGCUUGUUACAGCAGCAUUGGUGAGGGGCCAUACUCGAAUGGUCAAGCAUCUACUACAGCUACUGUCACCACAACAACCACUCUUGCUACUGACAGAUGCAUUUAGAAACUUUUUGUGCCAGGCAGCUCAGUGUGGACAUAUGGAUCUAGUGCAGUACAGUCUCACUCACAAUCAACGACUAGGCAGACAGGAACAGCAAGUCAUUAUUGAGGCCAUCGAGCUGGCCGCGAUUGCUGGUCAUUUUACCAUUGCCGAGAGUCUUUGUCAAGCUGUCAACUGCUCAACUGUUCCUAUCCUAUUGGGUGCUGCCAAAGGCGGACAUGUCGAUUAUAUCCACCAUAUAUUGGCUACACAUUGCCAUUCUUGGACUUCCAACGACGUGGCGAGAGCAUUAGAGCGAGCUACAUGGAGCAACCACUACCAUGUAGUCAAACUGUUGGUCGAACACUCGCUGUACAGCACCAGUGGACCCACUAUUAGACAAACAACCAUUCAGAACCUCAUCAAGAGCUCUUUCGAUAGACGCAACUUUGGACUCUUUUCAUAUCUGGUGCCAUUGCUCACAGAUUCUUUCCUAUGCACUGUAUUUGGUGCAAAAGCCAUUCAUCUACUACCUGCAGACUUUCUGACCUUUUUCUUUGAACAAAACAGAAAUUGGAAUUGCAUUCUCUUGUCCUGUUUAGAAAGCAAUUAUUCCGACAUGGCAGUAGAAAUUAUAUCCAGAAAACUGGCUGUAUCCACUCCAUUGAUUGGAAGUGCUGCUUGA